UUAUCUGAUUUAGCUCUAAACCAACUUGAACUGAAUACAAAUGAAGAAAACCGAUUGGAUGAUGAAAAUAGUUCAGAUGAUGAGAUGGAAUUUUUAGGAGAACAAAAAGUUGAAGCUGAACAAAAAAUUGAAGAUGAACUGAAAAAAAGCAGGAAAAAAAGAAGCACAAGAAAAAAAAUAAAUAUCUAUAAACCAGAUACUUAUCGAUAUCAUGAAUUGCUUGAUGACAGUUAUCAAGUUCGCAUAAAUGUUAACGCUAACCAUCCGCGAGUUCCUAUACUUUUACCCAUAAAUCAGCAUCAAUCAAUGACUAACUUAGCUACUUUCCCUCUAUAG